AUCCCAUCCUCAUUGUACUACUACUCACUUCUUCUCGCCCACUCCUUUUUUUUUUCUCGUUCUAUCUCUACAAUUCUUUCUCUCACUAGAAAACUUACAAAAAUGGUGGAAAUCGAGGUAGCCGCACUCAUAGCACCAUGGCUAACCCCAACCUCUCUCUUCGUCGUCCUCAACAUCGUCCUCGCAACUAUCUUCUUCGCCAAUAACAAGCAUCACUCCAAAAAUAAUCACGAAAACAGCAACAAUAAUCAUGAUAAUGAUAAUUUUAAUCAGUUUGAUGAUUAUCAGAAUCAGUUGCGCGGAGAUUACGAAGGAGCUUCGCUUGUGCCGCCGCCGCCUCAGCUAGUCCGAGCGCCGUCGCUUUUCUCCCGUGUUGCUUCCUUUAAUUUCUCCAAUUUUUACUCUGAAUCGCAACCGCCGUCGUCUGAGGAGGAGGCGGAUCGGAACGUUACCGUCGCCCGUGCGCCGUCGCUGCUUUACCGAGUGACGUCGUUUAACUUCGGUCGGGGGACUCAGAAGGCGGAUGGCGAGAGGAGGAGAGAGGAGGAAGCAGCACGUGAUGUGAGUGUGAGUCACGCGAGGAGAGAGAAUCAGCAGCAGCAGCAACAGGAGGAGGAGGAGGUGGCGGAAGUGGAGGAGGAGAAGGUAGUGAAGGUUAAGAAACGAGGAAGUAAUAAGAAGAUGAAAAAGGAGGCGGCGGAUGCGGUGAAGGAAACGCCAUUGACAACGGCGACAGCGGUGAAGAAAACGCCAACGCCGACGGUGACGGUGACGGCAACGGGAACGACGCCAACAGCUCGGCGGGUGGACGAAGGGGUGGAUUCGAAGGCGGAUGACUUUAUCCAGAAGUUCAAGCAGCAGUUGAAGUUGCAGCGGCUUGAGUCACUGUUGCGCUACCGGAGUGGCACUCCGGCAGCCAUUUGAACAUUAUUUAAUUUAAAAGCCUGAUUAGAAGACGGACCGGGCCUAGACCUACACAAUCAGGCUAUUAUAUCGGGCCGGGCCAGGUUUUUGGUCGAUUUUGGGUCCCAAACCCACUAUCUCUGGCCACUCUACCUGGGCCAAAUUUAUAACGAAAAGUCUGAAAAGAGUAGAUUUACGUUGCCCAGACGAGUAAAAAUCGGCCCAACCCGAAAAGUUUGCAUAAAAAAUUCUUAAUUUUCAGGUUGAGUCGGACCGAAUUAGCGAGUCGGGUUUAAAUUGAUCAGGUUUUAGUUGUCUUUUUUGUACCAAACAGAAAAAAAAAAGAGACAUUAGUAGAUCCCCUCUUAGCAACGGGGGUGUUUAAUUUUGUUGUUGUACUGUAUGUAAUUGUACUAUUAGGGUUUUUAGGAAUAUUAAAUUUGUUUGUCAUGA